AGUAUGGCAAAAUCCACACUGUUUUACGCCAGCUAGUCUUGGACCAAUAUGGAAAAGAGAUAUGGGAAGAAGUCAGGGCUAAAGCACAGUGUCAGGAAGGGGUUCAUUUUAUGGUAUUCAAGGCCUAUGAUGACCAGAUCCUGUGGAACCUGAUCCAAGCAAUAUGUGACGUCCUUGAUGUACAAUGGAACCAUGUCUGCAACUCAUUUGGAGAAUAUUUUGUUGAGUUUUGCUUGGAAAAUGGCUAUGGCGAUAUGCUACAUACACUAGGUGAAGAUUUCUAUCACUUUGUCAAUAAUCUUGAUGCUCUUCACAGAAUGUUGUCGAUGACUUACACGGACAUGAAGACGCCUUCUUUUAGACUGGACAUAAAGAGUUCUACAUUCAGAUCGGAAGUGAAAAAGGGUAGAUUGAUUCUUCACUAUUAUACAACGAGAGUUGGGAAACAAUUACAGCACCUUGUUAUAGGUCUCUUACGAGCAGUUGGAAAAAUGUUGUUUAAUGUGACCGUCAUGACAACCCUGCUUGAAACAACCAAUGAACUCAUCAGCUUAACAUCUGAGGAACUGAUAGAACAUAAUGUAUUUGAAAUUGAAAUCCUUGAAAAUGAUGCUAAAAUUGACAAUCUGAGAAAUUCCACAUCAUCAGCAGUGAAUGUUAGAGGACUGGAAUGUAAUUUAGUUGGAGUAUCUGACUUUUGCCAGAUAUUGCCAUACCAUAUUGUAUUUGAUGAAAAUCUAGAGAUCAAACAGUACGGAAAGAAUGUCGCAAAAAUUCUGCCGUUUGGAAGUGAGCAAUCAAUCAGACUGGACGAUUUGUUUCAAUUGAAGCAUCCUAAAAUGCCACUGACGAUGACCCACUUGAAAUCUCAGAUCAAUGCAACAUUUUUUCUUGAGCCAAAGGUGACAAAUUUGAAUCACCGCAGUCAUAUUGCACUACGAGGUCAGAUGUCCUGGCUUGAGAGUACCGACUUAAUGGUUUUCCUUGCAUCGCCAAAGAUUCUCAGCAUCGAUGAGAUGAGGGAAAAGAGACUGUUCAUCUCAGAUAUUCCCUUAUAUGAUGUGACAAGAGAUUUGAUACUGAUCAAUCAGCAGCGAAGUGCAGAGAGAGAAGUCAGUAAACACUUAGAUGAGGCUACAGCCCAACUGAAACUACUGGCCCAUGAACUAGAGGCAGAGAAGAGAAAGACUAAUGCAUUAUUGUAUGAGAUGCUUCCUCGAAAAGUUGCUGAUCAGCUAAGAGAAGGAAAAAAGGUUGAAGCAGAGAAAUUCUCGGAGGUGACCAUAUUGUUCAGCGACAUUGUGUCAUUCACUGAUAUAGCUGCAGGCUCUCAUCCUAUGGAAGUUCUACAGAUGCUCAACUGUUUAUACUCCAAGUUUGAUCACCUCACGUCAAUACAUGAUGUGUAUAAGGUUGAGACCAUUGGAGAUGCAUACAUGGUGGUUGCUGGGAUACAGAGAGAAGGGGAGACAUCUAUAAAGGUUGCAAACAUGGCACUUGCAAUGAUGCAGGAGUGUCACACGGUCUCCUCUCCAGUUACAGGAAAACCCUUACAGAUUCGUAUAGGAUUUCACACUGGUCCAGUGGUGGCUGGUGUAGUUGGGGACAAAAUGCCAAGAUACUGUUUGUUUGGUGACAGUGUGAAUACAGCAUCUAGGAUGGAAAGCAACAGUCUGCCUGGCCACAUACAUAUCAGUCCUCAGUCUCACCAGGUACUGUCAGAUAGCUGUAAAUCUUGCAAAUUCAAAUCUCGAGGUAUGAUCAACAUUAAAGGAAAGGGAGAUAUGGAGACAUUCUUUCUACUAGGCAUAGGAGACACCAGUAUUGAAUCCAACAUGGAUUAUAUUGAAAACAAUGUGGAUGUUGAGCUUAAAGUGAAAUCUGCUACAACAGAGGAAGAAAAUGGUGAUGUAAAAUCAAACUCAAAGAACAAUUUGAGAAUUAUACAAGAUGUAAGAGAUGUAACAGCAAGUGGACAUGGUGGAGAAGUUGUAAAACAACAGGAGAGUAGACUGUGUUGCAUUGUAUAAUUGUUUUGCUGCUAUAAACAGAUAUACUGUACUCCUGGUAAUUUUCGCGUGCUAAUAUAUUUCACAAUUUCUGCAAGAUUUGGAAAAUUCACAAA